AUGGCUGACGCCAGCAUUCAAGGAAACCACGGGCCGCCCUUUGUCAGCUCAGCUCUGACUGGCACCAGUAUCCAUCAGGCUCCAGAGCUGCGAGUAUCCUCUUCAUCUCAUGGCCUUGUCAGACUUUACUGCCUCCUGGACGGAUGGCCUGCCACCCAUAGCUCGUGCCCCUGGUACGCCCUGUGGUGUCCAUUGGGGUCAUUGUAUUCGAUCACCCUUACUGUUUUUCCUUGUGUCUUCCACAGGCCUUAUUUUGAACUCAAGGCCAAGUACUACGUGCAGCUUGAGCAACUGAAGAAGACCGUGGAUGACCUGCAGGCCAAACUGGCCCUGGCGAAAGGCGAGUACAAGACGGCCCUGAAGAACCUGGAGAUGAUCUCGGACGAGAUCCACGAGCGGCGACGCUCCAGUGCCAUGGGGCCUCGGGGCUGCGGCGUGGGGGCUGAGGGCAGCGGCACGUCUGUGGAGGACCUGUCAGGGAGCAAGCCUGAGCCAGAUGCCGUUUCUGUGGCCUCCGAGGCCUUUGAAGACGACAACUGCAGCAACUUCGUGUCUGAAGACGACUCGGAAACCCAGUCGGUGUCCAGCUUUAGUUCGGGGCCAACGAGCCCGUCCGAGAUGCCUGACCAGUUCCCCGCAGCUGUGAGGCCUGGCAGCCUGGACCUGCCUAGCCCCGUGUCUCUGUCGGAGUUUGGGCUGAUGUUCCCGGUACUGGGCCCUCGCAGUGAAUGCAGUGGAGCCUCCUCCCCCGAAUGUGAGGUAGAACGAGGAGACAGGGCAGAAGGGGCAGAGAAUAAAACGAGUGACAAAGCCAACAACAACCGAGGCCUCGGCAGCGGCGGCAGCAAGAGCCAGAGUAGCACCGCCCGCGAGGGCCAGGCCCUGGAGAACAGGAUGAAGCAGCUCUCCCUGCAGUGCUCAAAGGGAAGAGACGGGGUUAUUGCUGACAUACAGAUGGUGCAGAUUGGCUGAUCCCUGCAAAGCCCUGGCCCAAGUGCAGAGCAGUAUUUAUACACGAAGCUGUAUGGAGAACAUUGUGCCAAUAAUCAUUUACUGUAUGCCAAAUCUUAAGCGUUUACUCUAAACUGCACUAAUGACGUUGUGACCUUGAGGGCUGAAGAGCUUUCUUCUGGGAAAGAGCUCGUGGGCUGGUUUGUUUUUCAGAGCAGAGGCGUUGUUGGAGUGGGCUGUGACCAGGGUCACAGCCUUUGUGGAAUAUUCCCCAUAACAGUGUUAUGGAAGCAAUAACUAGUUCCUGUCAAAGAACCCGAGCCAAGAAAGGGGCUGGGAAGCUGAGCCAAACGGGGGUCAACAGCUCGCUUCCCUUUCCCUUCUCUUAACCUCAAUUUGGGAACAUGGAGAUGGUGUCUCCUUUAUAGCCCAGGGGAUCGACAUGAAAAAACACAAGAACAAACUCAAAUAUUCAGAACACACCUAUUUGACCCAGCGAAGGCUUUAAAAAAAAAAAAAAAAAUCCAAGAACACAGUUCAUUUUCAUCACCUCUGGUAUUCAGAAGGGGCUUUUAAAAAAAGCCUGUAUGCUGGGAUACCCAUUAGAACCAUUUUCUAUAAAGGUUGCCAUGAACUGCACUUUUUGGGGUGGGAAAGGUGAAUGCCAACGUGGGGAUGGGAGGGAUGGAGGGUAGCAGGGACAUACCACAGAAGGUGGAUUUAUGGCUGUGGGGGAGGAGAGUCUGUAGCAUAAACCUUAUCCCACCAGCCACGGGAUUUAAGAAUUAAAAGAAGUGCAUGUGAAGAAUGGUUGCCAUUGUUCUAUCUAGAUUGACAAGGUGUCAAUUUCUCUGUAGGUUGUGACUUUAAAAAUAAAUUAUUUAAGGGUUAUGCUGCAUUAGUAUUUCUUAGAGGGAAUUGUUCCUUAAAGCUAGGAAAGGGAGUAGGCAUGUGUUGGCACAGGCUGUUAAAUAGAAGCAAUGAAGUCUGUUAUGCUAAUAGUAGUACGUGUUAAGAUUGCUUUUCUUUAACGUUUUCAUGGUUACACAUAUUUAGAGCACCGUAUUUUAUUUGUCCUUUUUUGUUAAGAAAAUUUAGCAUUUCUAAAAGAAAAGCAACCCCAUUUCAUAUUGUCUGUUAAUUCCGACACAGCUUGUAUAUUUUAGUCAUUUGUAAAUCUCUUCAUACUGUAGUGUUUUCUCCUUUUUUAAGGACUGAUACAGUAUCCUAAUUACAAGGUUAUUUUGUACUUGUCUUAAUUCCUUGAGUGUAAUAAAAAUGGCUUAAGAAAA